AUGGCGCACACACAUGCUGCCACUAUUGAAGCGAUACACUUGAUCAGAACGCCAUAUGUGCGAUGCACUCUUUUCUCACCAGCAGGACUUUGGUGUCGUGGGCAAACCUGCUCAGAUGCCACGUGUGAAGUGACGGAUUUGCUCGAUUUGGAUACCAUAGCCUCAGCGGGAACUGGCGCUGUGUGCAGCUGGGAGGAUGGCACAACGGUCCGCAUCACCUUCGGUCCAGGCUCCACCUUGGCAGAGAAUAGCACGGUGGUUCUCAACAGCGAAUCGGAGUACAUCUCUGGGUGCGCUGCGUGCACGGAAUACUCUUCAGGUUCUAUUACUGUAGAGGCCCGGGAUUCACCACCAGAGCUCUCAGCUGCGCAGUUCACCAACACAGGAGCACAGGUGACGCUUGGAGUCCUGUCGAGCAUUGUUCCCUCUUCGAGUGACGCCUGCACGGAUGGCGAUGGUACGUCGCUGACACUGCUUGCCGGCGUGGUUCGAACCGAGAUUGGGGCGUUUCUGACCACAUCCGCUGGAUGCGUUGUGGUCGACUUUCCUGCCACCCCAGACCCACCGUAUGUGACUGUUAGUGCCCCCAGCGCCAUCGGGUACUGCGACGAUCUCACUUUGGAGGGAAGUGCUACGUCGACUUCGAUAGGCACCACCAACGUGACCUGGGAAGUCGCACUAGCUGGAAACGGCCAAUUCGCUGAUAUUUUCAACGUCACGAGACAUCUAGAGGAGAUUGUGGGAUCAUCUGUUCUGCAGCGGACGCGAGGAAGUGCAAUAACCUUUCGGAGCGAAACUGCUACGUCUACCUGUUCAACCACAAACACCGAGGAGGCUCUCGCAUCAUAUUCAUGGAGUAUAGCGUCAGCAAACGAGUCUUUUGCGGGGGGGGCGGAUGUUACGCUGGGCGUCGGCAGAGACCCGAGCGUGCUCGCUAUUCCUCCCUACGCGCUAGGCUAUGCAGGGAGCUCGUACCAAUUCCAGUUGAGGACAUCUUUCGGCGGAAUCUCUAGUACCGUCAAUGCAACUGUCGAAGUGGUCGGCGGAGCAGUAGUUGCGGCUAUCGCCGGUGGCUCAAGUCGAAGAAUCGGAGUUUCGCAGGAGGUCCGCCGAAAGUACAACCCUUCAAGUAGGCUAGUACUGUACGGGUGCGCCGCCGCAUCAUUAGAAGAUCGGUGCCGCAAUAGUUCUACGGCGGGAUUCGACUUCAAGUGGGAUCAGGUGGACAGCAACAUAGAAGAGGAAAACUGGGAGGACGUAUUCAGCACGGAGUCCAGCCAUCCAACACAGGUCGUACGGCCCGGAUCGCUUUCUCCUGGUCGAAUCUACACUUUCUCCCUAGCGGCGACCGAUUCUUUGGGCAGUACUGGCUACACAGAGUUUGCCUUCGAGACAAACGCCCCACCGGUCGGGGGAUACGUCGUCUCGGAUAUUCUUCGAAUGACCUCUGGAGAGGACAAGGCACUCCUGCAAACCGCAGGCUGGGCAGAUGACUUUGGCGAUCUUCCCAUGGCCUACGAGUUCGGCUACGCACACGGCCGGCUCGAAAUACUCUCCGUCUCGAGCGAGCUCUGGGUGACCAUGCUGUCUUCUGGGGCAUCCUACUCGAGCUUGUUACACACACAUUUGCCACCAGGGACGGCGUCCAAUGGGUUUAAUAUGACGAUGGUGGCGUAUGUCUCCGAUGUACUCGGUUCGACUGCUGUCACGAGCCUUGGCGCUGACAACGAACCCCUGGUACUCGUGUCAUCUCCGCCAGACCAGGAAACUAUCGUCGCGACCGUGGUGGAGGCCUACUUUGCACUUGAAUCUACCACCGCAGCAGUUAGGGCCGGUGCCGAGACCCUAGCGGGGGCAUUCAAAUCCAGCGCGGAGAGUGGAUCAAAUAGCAAUGCAGCUGCAACUGUGGUAUCGGAGGCUGCAGGAGAUAUGAUCGAACGUUUGGCGCUCGACGGACAAGUGCCGGAGUCUGUCGCCGCGGUCUCACUUUUGCAGAUUGUUUCUGUCCUUUUGAGCGCGAACGAUUCAUCCUCAGGGACGGAAGUGUCCUUGGACCUCCUUGGCAGCCUCGGGAAAGCUGUGGCAUUAGGAUCCGAGGCAGGGGAGAAUCUGGACCAGAUCAGCGCCGAAUCCCUCGAUCUUCAGGCCGCAAAAAUCUCCGAGGCUUCCAUCCAAGAGGCCUUGCUCAACGUCGGCAACAACGGAACCAGAGUUUCGUUUGAGGAGUGGCCGCUAUCGCCCCGUGUCGAAGACAAUUCCACCGUCGUUAUAGCGGUUACGUCACUUGCCAUUUUCGCAUCUGAAGGUCUAGCAAGCGUGACGUCUAUUAACGCGUGGGACACGACUGGCGAGGGUUUGCACGAAUUCGAGUUUCCAAUCUCCUUCUCUGCCAGAACAGAGACUCGUUUCAUGCCUCGCGGGGAGGGUCCACCGAGACAGCGUGCGAGACGUACCACUUGA